GGUAAGGACACCAGACUCCAGUCAGGGCCAGCUACCAGUAGAGGUGUGUCCUGUCCGUUCACUACAAGUAGACAAAGGAAGUCACUUCAUUACCUCACACGCCUUAACAACUAGAUUACUAGAAGAAAACUUGCCCUCAACAAGAUGCGUUCGGCAUACAUGGUGUUGAUGGUGGUAGUUCUGACGUGGGUGAUGGCAGCUGAGGCGAUUUUUCCGUUGGCGGCCAUUGCGGCUUUUGUGGGCUCAAGAAUUGCAUCAAUUGCAGUGCCUUUGGCUAUAGAACGUGGAAAGCGCUCUGUCAACUUAGUGAGUAGUGAUGAUGAGAAGAAUAUAUUGUUGUCUGUUAUGACUCAACUCGACCCCGAUGGCUGUAUUCUCAAGCUGCUGUGUAGCCUGGAGGCGAGUAGUACAGAAGGGGUUCACACCCCGAAAGAGCGCGCCCUGGUGAACACGUUCACUAACCAAAACGAGACUCUCACUCCUUACAACGCUGCCUACAUCUAUGCCGUGAAUAUCGGCCAGCACGCUCAUGACGCUGCCCUCUGUGAUAAGAAGUUCAACAAGUGUAGUAUAAGUGUCGCUGAGUUAAGAGACCUGCUAGAAUGGAGCUCGAACUGCGGCGAACAGUAACUUUUACCACAGAACUACAGAAGGUAAGCUGUAGAUGACCGUAAUGUUUCACUGCUGCAUAGAACACUGUACUGUAUACAGUUGUGUACGUACAGCAUCAUUAUUAUUCUACUAUACUUGGUUUAAGUUUGUUUGUCUUGUGUAUUGUUGUAUAAUUGUUAGCCACUGUUACGGAUUUUAUGUCCAAAAUUGUACGAUAUGAUUUUCGUCUUUCUCUUGUUUUCGUACUUUUUCCUUUAAUGUAACCGUGUUUUCUGCCUCACUGGAGACUUCUGUGGCUCCAACGAGGUGUACCAUACUUGUAAUGAUACUUAUAUUACUAAAUUUGUUGAUGUAACAUUAUAUAACAUUAUUAUGAAGAUGGUAGUCAUAGAAAAAAGUUAAACAUAUUUUAUUCAUACCAUUAUUUUCUUCCGCGUUUAUGUUUAUAAUUAUAGAAAUUUAUUCUUUGCUUACGUAAUUUCUUGUACAUUUAAAAUAAUGAGCUUUGAAUUUUGUAAUGCACCUACCUUAUGUAUACCAAUAAACAUUGAAGGUA